GCUCUCUCUUUCCCCGUCGCCGCUGAUCGGAGCGGGAGGCGGUGGCUUCCCGGGGGAUUUGAAGAUUCAGCCCCGCCCGUGACCGCCGCCAUGGCCGAGGAAGGCAUUGCUGCUGGAGGUGUAAUGGACGUUAACACCGCUCUCCAAGAAGUGCUGAAGACCGCACUCAUCCACGACGGCCUAGCCCGUGGCAUCCGCGAAGCUGCCAAAGCCCUGGACAAACGCCAAGCCCAUCUCUGUGUUCUCGCUUCCAACUGUGAUGAACCCAUGUACGUGAAGUUGGUCGAGGCCCUGUGUGCAGAGCACCAAAUCAACUUGAUCAAGGUGGACGACAACAAGAAACUGGGUGAAUGGGUAGGCCUCUGCAAAAUUGACAGAGAAGGAAAACCCAGAAAAGUUGUGGGCUGCAGCUGUGUGGUGGUCAAGGACUACGGCAAAGAAUCACAGGCCAAAGAUGUCAUCGAAGAAUAUUUCAAGUGCAAAAAAUGAACAAAUAAAAGCCUUGGCCUGA